GACAGAAAUCAACCCAGCGUCUGUGAGCGGAAGCCAGUAUCAGUGAGAGCGCCGCUGUUUCGCGCCCCCUGCCGGACUGGAAGAGCGUCGCGUCUCCUCGCGCUAACUUCGCCGCCGCCAUAUUAACACAGAGCUGAGAGGUGUUUGGACUGUCACCCUCUUGUAAACUCAGCUCAAGAUUCCCCAAGGCUGCCCACGAGCACAGUUUAAGCCCUGACAGGCGCAGCCACACACACAGAUCAUGUCCGGCCCUGUCACGAGUCGAUCCCGCGUUUAUCCAGACGUCAACACACAGAGACCGCGGGAAUACUGGGACUAUGAAUCUCACGUCGUAGAGUGGGGGAAUCAAGAUGACUACCAGCUGGUGCGGAAACUCGGCAGAGGAAAAUACAGCGAAGUGUUUGAAGCCAUCAACAUCACAAACAACGAGAAAGUAGUCGUCAAAAUACUCAAGCCAGUAAAGAAGAAGAAAAUCAAGCGGGAAAUCAAAAUUUUGGAGAAUUUGAGAGGCGGCCCCAACAUCAUCACACUUCUAGACAUUGUCAAGGAUCCAGUGUCUCGAACCCCAGCUCUGGUUUUUGAACAUGUGAACAACACAGACUUCAAGCAAUUGUAUCAAACGCUAUCAGACUACGACAUUCGGUUCUACAUGUACGAGAUCCUAAAGGCUUUGGACUACUGCCACAGUAUGGGAAUUAUGCAUCGAGACGUUAAGCCACACAACGUAAUGAUCGACCAUGAACACAGAAAGCUGCGUCUGAUAGACUGGGGCUUAGCCGAGUUUUAUCACCCCAGUCAGGAGUACAACGUCAGGGUGGCGUCUCGAUAUUUCAAAGGACCUGAACUGCUUGUGGACUAUCAGAUGUAUGACUACAGUUUAGACAUGUGGAGCUUAGGCUGCAUGUUGGCGAGUAUGAUCUUCCGGAAAGAGCCUUUUUUCCAUGGACACGACAACUAUGAUCAGCUUGUACGGAUUGCCAAAGUCCUGGGCACAGAGGACCUCUACGACUACAUCGACAAAUACAACAUUGAGCUCGACCCACGGUUCAAUGACAUUUUGGGAAGACAUUCCCGGAAAAGGUGGGAACGGUUUGUCCACAGCGAGAACCAGCAUCUGGUCAGUACCGAAGCUCUGGACUUCCUGGACAAACUGUUGCGUUACGACCACCAAGCUCGCCUCACCGCCCGCGAGGCCAUGGAGCACCCUUAUUUCUAUCCCAUUGUGAAGGACCAGGCGAGGAUGGGCUCCACUUCAGGACUGUCCACUGGCUCCACUCCAGUCAGCACGUCCAGUAUGAUCACAGGAGGCGUCACAUCCAUGUCCUCAUCCCAGCCGAUGGCCAACAUCGCAGGUUCUCCUGUCAUCUCGUCUCCCAGUGCUCUUGCCACACAGGUUGCUGCAGCCGCCGGCGCCCAGCCCUGAACACACUCUCACGCUCCCUCUGCCCUGGGCCACGUUUUUAUGUUGAGUGUAAACAAACAAAAGAGAGACUAAACUAGGUUUCUUUUUUUUUCUUGUUUUUUUUUUUUUUCUUUUUUUUCCAUACAAUAAUUAUAUAUUGGAGCUCGGACACACAGCAGACAGUUAUGUUGUGUCAGUGUCCGGCAGUCUUUCCUGAUGGUGUCUAUAUAGAAGCCACUACAGUGUAGAAAUUCAGAAAAAUGGAUAAUAAAAUUUAUUUUAUAUGUCCCUA